GGCUCCACCAUCAUUCCCCUGCCGGGCACCGGGUCUGCUGGCAGCGGCGGCCGGGCAGGACGGGGCGGGCCGAGGCUCGCCGGGUCCCCCGUUCCUCGCCAGGCUGCAGGCGCCGGGCCUGGGCCAGCCGCGCCGCUGUGAGCCCAGCAGAGCUGUCCCCGCAGCCAUCUGGGGGUGCGCCCGGCCCCCCGUCCUCAGGACCAUGGGGAAUGGCAUGACCAAGGUACUUCCUGGCCUCUACCUCGGAAACUUCAUUGAUGCCAAAGAUCUGGAUCAGCUGAGCCGGAAUAAGAUCACACACAUCAUUUCCAUCCAUGAGUCCCCCCAGCCUCUACUUCAGGACAUAACCUACCUUCGCAUCCCAGUGGGUGACACCCCUGAGGUACACAUCAAAAAGCACUUCAAAGAAUGUAUCAACUUCAUCCACUGUUGCCGCCUCAAUGGGGGGAACUGCCUGGUGCACUGCUUUGCAGGCAUCUCCCGCAGCACCACCAUCGUGACGGCCUAUGUGAUGACAGUCACAGGACUGGGCUGGAGGGACGUGCUGGAUGCCAUCAAGUCCACACGGCCCAUCGCCAACCCCAACCCAGGCUUUCGGCAGCAGCUUGAAGAGUUUGGCUGGGGCAAUUCUCGGAAGCUUCGCCGGCAGCUGGAGGAGCGCUUCGGGGAGAGCCCGUUCCGCGACGAGGAGGACUUGCGCACGCUGCUGCCGCUGUGCAAGCGCUGCCGCCAGGGCUCGGCGUCGUCGGGCACCUCGGUGGCACCCCAACCCCGCGGCGCCGAGGCCACCCUGCAGCGCCUGGUGCCGCGCGCCCCCCGGGAUGCGCAUCGGCCGCUGCCGCUGCUGGCGCGCGUCAAGCAGACUUUCUCGUGCCUCCCGCGCUGCCUGUCCCGCAAAGGCGGCAAGUGAGGUGUCCGCCCCGCGGCUCCCCUCUUCCUCGCGAGGGCUGGUCCCUUCGGGUGCUGUCUGGCCCCCCCCCCCCCCACGACGUCCAGGACCCCGACCCAGAGCCCGAGGGUCCCCGCCCUUCCCCUCGCUUGUCCUCGCCUCCUCGCCACACUGUGUCCUCUGUCUCUGUGUCUGGGCAGCCUGCUGCAGCCACGCGGUGCCUUAGUCCUGGGGGGGCUGGAAAAGGGGGGCACCCGGGGCUCCCCUUUAAAGGCGGCGGGAGGAGAGGGCGGUCGGAGAGUUAGACGCGGCUGGAGAAUAUUAAAGAGACACAGAAGUUGCCUGUG